AUGAACCCCAUGAUCGACAUCGCCUGCUUGCUCGCCGAGCAUCAUGUGACCGUCACCGUCCUCACCACUCCUGCCAAUGCCUCCCGUAUCCGAUCAACCAUCGACCGCAUCUCCAAUUCCGCUCUUCCAAUCCAAUUCAUCCCCCUCCACUUCCCCGGCACGGAGGUGGGCUUGCCUGAGGGCUGUGAGAACAUGGACAGCAUCACCUCCACAACCAUGAUCACCACCUUCCUUAGCGCAUCCAAGCUCAUGAGGAAACAGAUGGUGCACCAUCUCCACAAGCUGAAGCCUGCCCCAAGCUGCAUCAUAACCGGCAUGGGCUUCGCAUGGACGUACAAGAUUGCUCGAGAGUUCGGAGUUCCUUGCUUUCUCUUCCAUGGCUUCAGCUGCUUCUCCCUAUUCUGUUUACACAACCUCCAUCUCUACAAGUCUCAUCAGACUGCAUCCUCCCCCACCGAGCCCUUCCUGCUGCCCGGCUUGCCUCACCGGUUCGAGAUCACGAGGUCGCAGCUGCCACUGUAUUUCCAACUGUUGCCCCAGCAUCAGGAGACGUGCGACGAGCAGAGGGAAGGCGAGCUCGCGGUGGACGGCGAGGUUGUGAACAGUUUUGGUGAGUUGGAGCAAGGGUAUGCUGAAAGGUUGGAGGCGACCACCGGGAAGAAGGUUUGGACCGUCGGGCCUGUAUCUCUAUAUAACAAAGGGCGGUCGGAGAUGGCGGAGAGAGGGAAGAAGUCCUUGUUCGACGUGCAGUGCUUGAAUUGGCUUGACUCAAAGAAGCCACAGUCCGUAGUUUAUGUUAGUUUUGGCAGCAUGGGUAGAUUUACGCCAGAACAGAUGAUGGAGCUGGGCUCGGGGCUGCUUGCUUCAAACCGGCCUUUCAUUUGGGUGAUCAGGGAAGGAGAGAGGUCAUCGGAGGAGGUGGAGGACUGGCUUAUGGAGAAGCUCGAGAAGAAUGCGGAUUCAAGGUGUCUUCUUAUAAGGGGGUGGGCACCGCAGGUGAUGAUUCUGGCACAUCCAGCGGUCGGAGGGUUCGUCACCCACUGUGGUUGGAACUCGACUCUUGAGGCCGUGAGUUCAGGGUUGCCAAUGGUUACUUGGCCUCUGUUUGCGGAGCAAUUCCUAAAUGAGAAGUUGAUUGUGGAUGUCCUGGGGAUCGGGGUGGUGGUCGGGGUCCGGACUGCCACGGAGUGGGGGCGAGGGGGAGAGGAUGGAGUUUUGGUGGGAAGGGAGGCGGUUGCCAUGGCCGUGGAGAGGUUGAUGGAUGGAGGGGAGGAGGGGAAGGAGAGGACGAGGAAGGCUAAGGAGCUGGGAGAGAAGGCAAAGAAGGCUUUGGAGAAGGAUGGCUCUUCGUACUCGAGCAUGACAAACUUAAUUCAGUACGUAGCAGAACGUUCUGCAAAGAGGGCUGGGUUCAUAGCUGGUUAG